CUGAAUUAAGUUGCCUCUCCUAUGAUUUUAAAUCUGCCCCUUUGCAAGUGUCCCAAACAGCUUUUGCUGAUGACUUAGGCCUCUAUAGCAAAUCUAGUGCAGGUUGUCAAAAACUCAUUGCGGUCACGGAGGACUUUCUCUCGUGGACCCAAUGUAUGCAGGCGGCGCCGCACAAAUGCAAAAGCAGUGCAGCAAAGCUUGUAGAUGGCCGGUACAAACCUUACGAUCCCUGCCUGACAAUGUCAGGGAGGAAGAUCGCUUUCAUUGACAUCACACAAGGUUUUGUACGUGAACUGCACUUUAUGUGUUUACCAUUUCUGAAGAAAUGGUCAGGCCUACCUCGAUGCGCAAACUCUGCCAUUCUUUUUAUUGGCAGUCGCAAACGCUUUGGCUUACGCCUCCACUACCUUCCUACGGUGUGGAAAAAGUGCCAGUCCAUCAAAUGGCACAUUCUUCGAUCGAGUGGGGACGCGCGCAUGAGGGCGCUGUACACUCUGCGUCGGAGUAAGGAUGCGAAGCUGACAAAGCGAUAUGCGGCGACAAUAGAGCUGGAGUGUGCAGAGGCAUCAGUAGGUUCAGGGACUCUCCGUCCACCGUCAUCUUCAAGUCAUCGUGCAGGGUUGGGUGCUCGUGCUCCGAAGCAGCAUUCCAAACCCCCGAGGAAGGAUCUCCUUCAAACAUUUGAGGAGAUCAACGCGCAGGAGCAGAUUUUGAGGCUGAAGACUCUUCAGGUGCAAGGCAAGUGGUUGGAGUGGACAUCGGUGAUGUGGCAGGACCUCUCGUGGAAAUCCCUUUUGUACGGUGGUACUGGUAAGGAUUUGAAAUUUCUUCUCGCAUCAACCCUCGACGUGCUACCUUCUCCGACGAACCUACGCCGUUGGGGAAACACCGUAGUGGAUCCGUACUGUAGUUUGUGCCGUACCUGGGCCUGUACUACGCGCCACGUGCUUGGCGCUUGUCGCGUAGCGCUGGACCAGGGACGUUACACCUGGAGGCACGACAACGUACUCGGGGUCAUCGUCAGGAACAUGCGUGAGGAGAUUCGAAUCCGCACUGCUGCAAACACCGUACAAACCGAAAAUUCAAAUGAGCUUGACUUCAUCUCGUUUUGCAAGGCGGGAGAGAAGCCAGUUCGCGUUCAGCCCAGACGAAAGUUGGUUACGACUGAUCUCCUGUCAGCGGCCUCAGACUGGAAACUUCUUGUCGACUCAGUUAGUGCAAAGAUUUCUUUCCCUAGCUGUGUUGCACUUACCACCCUAAGACCAGAUAUAGUUCUGUACUCUACGAGUCGUAGGAUUGUAUUCUGGAUGGAGUUGACAGUUUGUGCUGAGGACAGAUUCAGUGUCAGUAACUCGCGGAAGGACAGGCGGUAUGCGGAUCUGGCCGAUCAAUGCCGAGCAAACGGGUGGCAGGUCGUUUCUUUUUCGGUUGAGGUGGGUGUGCGUGGUUUCAUCCCGGACUCUCUUCGGAGGGCUCUGAAAGCGCUUGGAUUUUCUAAUCGAAGAAUAAAAUUUAUUUGUAAUUUGUGCAGUAAGACGUCUCUGCGAAGCAGCUACAUCAUCUGGUUGCGGCGUCAACAAAAACACUGGUCGGAAGAUCCACUUUUCUGAGGUACUGUAUGUGGGGCUCCGUUUAUUGAGGUGCGUUGAAAUUUAUUCUCUUUAUCUUAUUAUUUCUUUUCUAUAAUUUCCCCAUAUGAGUUCCUAUCAGUUGCUGUGAACACCUUGAGUGGAGAGCGCUUGCUCGAGCGUUGAACCGGGUUCUUAAUCCACCAUACCCAGUUCGCAAGGCUGGGCGGGGUUGUGAGCAGGCUUUCAUUUCAUCUUUUCCUAUUAUUUCUUAUUAUUUCUGCUUUUCAUCUCAUUACAAAAAUUCUGCGCUUUUUCUCCAUCUGCGCAUAAAAUCUAGACUGACAACCUGCUUGUUAAAUCAUGCACCUGCUUUCAGGCGUAAAAACCCUGUUGUAGAGGUCUCAGUCCUCAUUUGUUAGACUUACCUGUCUUUAUAAAUGUAACUUACUCUCUCUCUCUCUCUCUCUCUCUCUCUCUCUCUGUCUCUCUCUCUCUCUCUCUCUCUCUCUCUCUCUCUCUCUCUCUCUCUCUCUCUCUCUCUCUCUCUCUCUCUCUCUCUCUCUCUCUCUCUCUCUCUCUCUCCCUCUCUCUCUC